UGUCAUUCAUUACUGUAACCAAACUCACCAUCUUUCGUUUUUUUUGUUCUUUCAAUUCUUCUCUCCAAAAUCCACAGCACUCUCAUUUCUCUCCUUCUCUUAUCUUCUUCUUUUCAGGUUCAAGAAACAAGAAAUGGAACGUCUUGAAGGCGCUUUGAAGACCAGUUUUAGAAAAGAAAUGGCCGUGAAAUUUAGCCCACAAGUGUUAGAUGAUUUCUGGGCAGUUAAUGUUACGAACGGCGUGUCCUCCGAUGAAUUUUCUGUUGACGAACUCUUAGACUUUUCUAAUGAAAACGGCUUCAUUGAAGAUGAAGAAAAACCUUGCGCUGUCUCUGUUUCUCAUAAACAAGAAACCCUCAAAGAAGACAAAAAUAACGACAGGAGUCUUUAUUUUGCUGUCAAAGAAGACUUUGUUUCUGUUCCUACAAGUGAACUUUGUGUGCCGACGGAUGAUUUAGCAAGUCUUGAAUGGUUGUCACAUUUUGUGGAGGAUUCCAACUCGGAAUAUGCUGCACCGUUUCCGGCAAUUGUUUCUCAGCCGGAGCCGGAAAAGGAGAAUUUUGCUGAACAGGAGAAGUUCCUUACAGAACCUUGUUUCAAGACCCCGGUUCCGGCCAAGGCUAGAAGCAAGAGAACAAGAACUGGUGUCAGAGUCUGGCCACUGGGGUCUCCUACUUUAACAGAAUCAUCAACAAGUUCUUCCUCUUCAACAUCCUCUUCAAGCCCUUCAAGUCCUUGGUUAAUUCACACCAAACCCCUUUUGAAUGCUGAACCGCUUUGGUUUGAGAAACCGGUAGUUAAGAGGAUGAAGAAAAAACCAUCUUUUCAGGCAGCGGCAAGCGGCGGUGGUGGUUCCCACUCGUCAAGGAGGUGCAGCCAUUGUGGGAUUCAAAAGACGCCACAAUGGAGAGCGGGUCCAAAUGGUUCCAAAACCCUUUGUAAUGCUUGUGGGGUUCGAUACAAGUCCGGUCGGUUACUGCCCGAGUACAGACCGGCUUGCAGCCCAACUUUUUCGAAGGAGUUGCACUCGAAUCAUCAUCGCAAGGUGCUUGAAAUGCGGAGGAAAAAGGAGAUUAUGGGCCAGACCGAACCAGGUCUGGUUCAACCCGUGGUUCCUAGUUGUGGAUAGAUUAGAACUAUAGUCUAGAGAAAGACCGGGUAUCUGGGGGAAGAGAGGAUAGGGAAUUGAACCCGGUUUCUAAUUAGGUUCGGUUUUACUAGUGCACAUUUUUUCUUCUCAGGGUGGGUGAGGUAGGUUUACUAGGUUGUAUUUGUUACUGGAUUAGCGAGGAUUUUAAUCUUAAUACUGUGCUCUAUGUUUUUAAUUACUCACAAUUUACUU